UGUAGGUGGCGGUGUGUCUGUGAGCCGCCCCGGCAGCAGCGGGACGGGUUCACAGCUGAGCUCCGCCUCUUCCUCUCGCUCGGAGGCGACAUCGACUUCCCGGAACCCAGUUCAUCAGCUGGUGCGUCUCCUUUCCCCACUCGACCGCGUGAAAAGGUCCACGCGCACACAGACGGGACUGAGUGCGCAGUGCGCGCAUGCCUGGACACGUCCCGUGACCAGCGCGGCGUCUUUGUGCCGCUCAGCCCGUGUCAUGGCACCGAAGAGACGCGCUGCGUCCGCCGCCAAGGCGGGCGGCAAGAAGGUGAAGGAGGAGGAGCCCGGACCCGCAAAGCCCAAAGAUGCCUUCACGUCCGCCAAGGAGGCCCUGCUGGCUGCGGGGCCGCAGGCGAAGCGCAGCAGGAAGGUGGACGAUCACUGCCCGCUGUCCAGCGGUGGAGAGGUGUAUGAAGACUAUGACUGUAUGCUCAACCAGACAAACAUCGGGCAGAACAAUAAUAAGUUCUAUGUUAUUCAACUUAUUAAAUCGGGCAACGUGUUCCACACAUGGAACCGAUGGGGCAGAGUGGGGGAAGUGGGACAGAACAAACUGAACGCGUUUGAUAAUUCUGAGGAUGCCGUGAAAGACUUUGAGAAAAAGUUCAAGGACAAGACACAGAACAGCUGGAAGGAUCGGAAGAACUUUGUGCCUCGCAGUAAGAAGUACACCCUGAUCGAGGUGGACGGAGACGAGGACGCGGAGGUCAAGGUGGACGCUGUCGACGGACAGACCGUCAGAGACAGCAGACACGUCCUGCCCUGCACCCUGGACGACGCCACGCAGAAGCUCGUCCAGCUCGUUUUCAGCAACGACAUGUUCAAGGAGGCCAUGGAAUGCAUGAACCUGGACAUCAAGAAGAUGCCUCUGGGCAAACUCAGUAAGCUGCAGAUCGCAAAAGGCUUUGAAGUGCUGGAGGAAAUCGAGGCGGCCAUCACCCAAGGCGGCAGGACCGCGUGCCUGGAGGAGCUCUCCUCCAAAUUCUUCACCACAAUCCCGCACAACUUUGGCCGGAACAGGCCGCCGACCAUAGACAACAACGAGAUAGUGGAGCAGAAGAAGGAGAUGCUCAUGGUGCUGGCCGACAUCGAGCUCGCUCAGACUCUGAAGUCGGAGACAGACAAGGCCUGUGAGGAGAUGAUAGAGAUGGUUCCUCAUCGUCUUGACCAGGACUAUAAUUCUCUGAAAUGCAAGUUAACUCUAAUGGACAAGAAGUCCAAGACAUUCAAGAUAAUAGAAAAAUACCUGAAAAUGACUUCAAACGAAUAUUCAAAACCCCAAAUUAUCAACGUGUGGGAGGUGGAUCGCGAGUCUGAGGCGGCGCGCUUCAGGGAGAACGACGCGCUGGAGAACCGCCGCCUGCUGUGGCACGGGACCAACAUCGCGGUGGUGGCGGCCAUCUUGAAGAGCGGCCUGAGGAUAAUGCCCCAUUCGGGAGGCCGCGUCGGGCGCGGCAUCUACUUCGCCUCUGAGAACUGCAAGUCCGCGUGUUACGUGCGCACCUCUAAUAAAACCGGCAUCAUGUUCCUGAACGAGGUGGCUCUUGGCAAAGAGCACGCCAUCACAACGGACGACUGCUCGCUGAGGAAGCCUCCUGCAGGCUUCGACAGCGUGGUGGCCCGCGGCAGCGUGGAGCCAGAUCCCUCCAAGGAUGUGUUCAUCACCCUGGAAGGCAGGAAGGUGGCCGUGCCUCAGGGUAAACCCGUACCUCAGCCCCAGUACGCAAACAGCAGCUUCGGCAACAGUGAAUAUCUGGUGUACAGCGAGAGCCAGUGUCGCAUCCGCUACCUGCUGGAGCUGGACAUGUACUAGGGGAGCUUUAGGGUGGAGCUAGUCGCCAAACCACUGCGGUUGUGGGCUUUAAUAGGACGCUUGCUGUGCAGACGUUACGACGCAUGAAUGACUCCGACUAGUCUGUGCCUUAUGUUUUGCACAAUGAAGAGCUGACUCCGGCUUGAUGAGCUGCACUUAUCAUGGGAACGCACUAUUUCCGUUUUCUAGCAUCUUUUUCUUUAAUCGUCCAACAGGCCUCGACAGACGUGCAUAUAUUUGUCUUGAUUUGAAGUGUAUGGCCAGCACUAGAAGCCUCCCUUAUAUUCACCAUGUUAUUACGUGUACCUCAGAUGGACGAUGAGGCGCGGGUGGUUGGUAGAAGGAAGGAGCUGCAGGUCUUUGCAGUGACGUACACUUUAUCCCUAACUCAAGUCAAAGCGGCUCUGAAAUGUUUACAGGUGUGCGACUCACCUGCUGAAGGUCUUUGCUUUUGCACUAUGAAGAAUUUAACUUUUGAUUCAUGACUAGUUCUUGAAGCUGCACCUUAAAUGCCACCGUGUCGUGAUGAUGAUCGUCGCCUGCUACAGUAUAUGAAUGUAAAUGCAUCAGCAUUUCUGCACUACACAACAAUACCUGAAGUAAUAGUGAAUAAACGGAGGUUCCUCACCAA